AUGCCUUUGAACGAAGCCGCCCAACUGGUUAUGAGUGCCCUAAAUUCUCCUUCCGAUAAUCGAACACUACGGUUUACAGAAAAUGGCACUUUCCACAUUUCAAUAUUUGAAGAUCUGCAUUUCGCCGAAGACGAUGACAAGGAUGCCAAGACCCAAAAACUCAUGACGCAAAUUCUCUCCCAGGAAGAGACACAACCACAACUGGUUGUUCUCAACGGUGAUUUGAUAUCCGGCGAAGCCACAAAGGCUGACAAUGCCGAUCAAUACCUCGAUGAAGUGGUAGCACCACUAGUUAGUGCCGGAAAAUUAUGGGCAUCGACCUACGGCAAUCAUGAUAGUAAUCCGAACUUAGAUCCGCUGAAAGAUAUCUACGAAAAAGAACAAAGCUACUCGAAUAGUUUGACAAAACGCAUGGUAUCCGGCUCCAAGGCUGGAAUAACGAAUUAUUACUUACCGGUGUAUCCACAAAAAACUUCCGAGAGUAUACCUGCGCUAAUACUGUGGUUCUUCGAUUCCAAAGGAGGGAAUUAUGCGAAAAAUCGAGGAGAUAAUAGAUCAGGCGCUAGGGGUGAUUGGGCAAUUGACUGGUUUCAUGAAGCGAAGGCCAAUCUAACGACGGAAUAUGGUCGAGUUAUUCCAUCUAUCGCAUUCUAUCAUAUUCCUGUCCAUGCAAUGUUUGCGUUCCAGAAAAAAGGCGUGGACUUGAACAAAACACCCGGUAUAAAUGGGGAAACAGUUGUAUCCCAAGGAUCUGGCGAUACAAACUAUACUGGGCAAGAUAGCCGGUUUAUGCGCGCUCUUCUUGACACUAAGGGACUAAUGGCGACGUUCAGCGGUCAUGAUCACCAGGAUGAUUGGUGCUUCAAAUGGGAUGGUCAUAAUAUGACUGGAGAUGGAAUUCACAUGUGUUAUGGUCGACGGACAGGAUAUGGAGGUUAUGGCGAUGCUGUCCGGGGUGCACGUCAAAUCCUUCUGAAUCAAGAAAAUUUCAAGCAUGAAUUACAGACAUGGGUUCGGUUAGAAGAUGGAAAUAUUUCAGCACCAAUCACGCUAAACUCGACAUAUGGUAAAGACCAAUACGGAAAAGUGUUUCAGAAAGAGGUGAAAACUUCGGCAGGCCCUAGUAUCUACGACCAGUCAGCACUUCUUCUCCUCGUCUAUCUUUGCAUUUCUGCCUUCUCUAUUUCAUAUUUUAGACAUUGA